AUCAAAGGCAUCUUAAAGUUUUUUUUUGCAUCAAGUUAGAGCCAAGUGAUCGAUCAAACAUGCGAUGAAUGAAUAUGGCCGAAUCGAAUAGAAUAAAAGAUUUAAACGUUGAAAUAAACGUACUGAACGCUCAAGUAGCAGUUGAGGAGAAAGCCAAACUAAAUUGGUACAAAAAAUGGGGCAUCUACCUAGAUUUCCACAAAAUAUUGCUAGAAGAGAUCGGAAAACGGGGAAUCACCGAAGAAAAAUACAAAAAACUCACGGGAGGGAACAGAAAGAUGGUUCAUAUUAACAAAGAAACGCCCUGUAUAACGAUACAACGCAGUGAAUACGUUCCCAAAACUUCAAACGGUAUGGUGGGCCGGAGAUCCGACUACAAAUACAACCUAGAAAUAAUGGGGCCCCUCUACGUCAGUCCUAAGAGCACCCUGCCUCGUCAAUCGUCCGAUUAUUGCAUAAAAUUGGGUUAAAUAUCGAGAAAAUAUUAGUAGAAAUUAAUAGUUUUAAAAUUGACUUAGUGGCGACAUCUGUGGUUGUAAAUGAUUAUUAUUAGUUGUUGCUUUUGUCGCUAUACAGAAAUUGGUGUACUAGUUUUCUGUAAGAUAAAAAAAUGUAUUUUUAAGCAUAUAAUUUGUUUAUUAUGUUUAUUAUUGCAUAUGCACAUUAUUUUGUCUACAAUAAUUUGAAUAAAAAUAAUUUAAUAAUCGAUUUUAUAUCGACCAUUUCCCAGAUUUUUUUUAAGUAUAUAUAUUUUUAAAAUAUUUGCAUAUAAUUUUUGGUGCAGGUGAAGCGAGUACGUGCGUAAAUACAGGCCACAAAUCCAUUGGUAUUCCUUCGAAGUUAUAUGAAUUUUAAAGUACCGUUUAAUUAAAAUGUUCGACGGCGAAGUUCGGAAUAAUCGAAAACCCAUACCGUUACCGCGUUAUGCGGUGUAUACAAUUAAAAUUGUACUAAAAAUAGUCGUUAUAAUAUCCGGUAAUUCGAUGAUAAUUCAACUUUGAAGUCUAGACGGAUUACUCAUGCACACGGAAAUAAUGUUAUUUAGGUAUUAUUAAAAUAAGUAGAGGAUACCUAUAAUGUAACGCUUCCUUGACACAUGGCGUAAUUCGUUUCGCAAAUCCGUAAAAUUGCGCAUAAAUUUUAUUAUCCUCAUCCGAUUUAUCGCUUUCGGAAUGGGCAGCUCCUUUAGCAGGUCCAAAAAAACCGGCCGAGUAAUUUUAUUUUCUAUCCCGUCUAAUCGGCGAUUUUCCCAGCUGGUUCCGUUGAUUGGAAUUUUCAUUCCGGAGGUUCAAAAUGCAUUUGCAUAUCAGCCCACAUCCGCCGCCGCUGUUCGGGUGCAUCAGACAAGUCGCGCAAAAACAACAAACAAAAUAAUACGGUGACGAUAAUAAAGGUCCUUUACCAUUACCAUAUCUCGAACGGUUUCCACGUUAUUUAUUCCAUCGUGUGGCCGAUGCACUUCUUCGACGAUAGCCCCGCGUUCGAUUAAACACGGCGCGUGGAGCAAUUGAAGGAUUUUUUUGUAUACCUGUUUCGUCGUUUGUCUUGUCCGUGUUGUGGUGAUAUUUCGAGGAAAUGUUAUGGGAUUGUAUCGAAUAUUUGCAUUUUCUUAUAGCAUGGUCUCUAAAUUGGUUAAUUUUGUAGACAAUCUCUUUGUCAAAAGCUAUCAAAACGCUUUAAGAAUCCUUCAAAGUCAGUAACCCAAAUGAUUUGUUGGUAGUCGGUUUCAAUUUUGAGUCUCUGUUGUAAAAAACUAGAGAGAAAAGAGUUCCAAAAGCUGUAUGACUUAAUUCCUCAAACGUUCCUCAAGAUCUUCCAGCAUGAGUUCCUAAUAAGAACCGAUACAAAGCAAUAAUCUGAACGAAUAAUGUCUUGGUACUCUAGAGAGAGUCUGGAACAACAAGAAAUUCGA